CUUUCCGAGCUUGAGAAGGGUAUUGGCCUUCCUUGCGUUCAGCAUGCCAGGCUCGCAGGUGGAGCAUCAAGCUCGCCUUCUGCUUUCACAGUUGCUGCACCCUGAGCCCAGCGAGGCAGAGAGUCAGGCACCAGCUCCUGAGAAAGAUCCCAACCCAGCUGAACAUCGCCCCCCUGCUCCAACUCUAGUGCCCACCGCACCUCAGAGCCACAGAUCGACGUCCAGCGCCGCAGCCGCCUCGAGCCUGAGCCCGGAUGGCACUUCAAAUGAUGGAAAGACCAUUCACGUCCUCCCAGCGACGAGCCUCAGCCCCUGGACCGUGGCCCCAUCGCUGAUUUCUGCCCCUUCCCCUUUACCGCCAGUUCAUUAAAGUUCUGUUUUGUCUUGCACAUGCUUCAUGCUUUCCUUUAAUUUCUCUUGUGAUGUUCAGUUCAACAGGAUGUCAUUCCUUGGUCCUUUCCAAAUGUCCAUUUCCCUGGCCAGGAGGACGCUCACAGUGUUGCCCGACCGUCAUCCUGACCUCAUUCAAGAACACUGCCGUGGAAGGGAAGGCCUCUCCCUGUUCUCCUCUCAGUCCUCCUCCCUCCCACCCCGUCCCUGGGGCCCGCUGAGCUUUCUGGCUCUAUGGACUUCCCUCUGCUCGGCUGUUCAGCUGAGCGGACGCAUCCAAGACGUGGCAUUUUGUAUGUGGCUAAGUAAUAUCUGAGGAGUAUGAUUAAUCACUUUUUAAAUUCAAGAAAACAGUUUUUAUUAGGGAGAAAAAUCCCUGCUCCAUCAAAGCUUAUGUAUGAAAAAUGAAGCCCCCAUGUGGACUAUUGUCUUUAUCUGGGGAUAGGCACCACAUUUAAAGGGUGACAUGAGAGCUGGAAACCAAGAGGGGAAUGUGUGGGGCCGGAGACACCUUUCACAUCG